AUGGCUCGUGCGCUUCGGGAAGCCUGGGUAUCAAGCACCAUUAUCAAGAAAUUAAACGACGCUCUUGAAAGACGAGAUGUGGAUCCGGAGUCUCUUAAAGCUGAUCAUGAUGAAAUCCUCAAUAAAAUUGGGCCGUCUGGAGAACUUCGACUCCUAGGUGGUACUGGAAAGUUAUUACAGGUCAUUGAAAUUGACCCCACCGAGGACCCUUGCACUGCUGUCUUGACUGAUAAGAAGGUUAAAAUCGCCUGCAAAGUUUCCUCCGACGCUAGACAGAAACACGAGACUUCCUCUAACACCAAGAUCUCAACUAUCAUGGGAGGUAUUAUAAAAGUCAUAUCCUACGAUAUCUACUUUCCUGGAGUCGAUGGAAAGUUGUUCUGGGAAGGUGUUAGAUAUCGGUCCCAAAUCGCGGAUAAACCAGCAUCUCAGGGUAGGGAAACGGGUAAAAAAGAAAUCCAAAAUAAUAUGGGUGACAAGUCUAUAAAACAAGGCCCGGGAAUAGGAAAUAAAAAUACUGACGCCGAAUUUCUCCCUAUGCCCGAACCAAUAUUUUUUAUCACGGAAUUUGCAUUCCUUCCUGGUAAAUGCUCAGACGUGAGGGGGAAUCCAACGAGUGUGUCUUCAAAAGUGGACCUCAAAUCACUUUUAUCGGAUCUGCCGAGGAAGGCGCGCUCUGGGAGAGAAUUCUCAUUGAGCGAAUAUAUAUCUUUGUCAAGGAAGAGUUCGAAUAAGCCAUCCGCGUCCUCAAAGGUGUCAACAGCUCACAAGACGUUUCGCAGCUGCUAUUCACAACUCAAGCCUAUGCAGAUCAUCUGA